UGUGAAACGGUCUGGAACAGAGACAGGGACAGAGGUAUCGUUAAAAACAAUUACUGGAAUCUAUGGAAGUGCGCAAAGACACGCGCGGUUCUUUGGCACACCGGGGACCAUCGACGGAAUGUAGAAGUGUCUACUUUUAAUUCAAUAAUUGGAUUAGACACGACUGAUUUUGGAAAUCGUCGCUGCGAGGAUUGCAAUUAUGAUAUACGUCUUAUUUUUGUUGUGCCUCAUCCAUGUGUCAGGUGCGGUGACAGACCUGACCGUCAUCUCCAACGCUGAGGCCUCCACCCCUCAGCUCUUCUCCAUCUCCUGCCUCACUGGGGAGCGGGAUGCAGCAGAGCUAGACCUGGACAUCAAGAAGGACAACAGCAUCCUCAUCCUCUCCUCACGGCCACGUUACAGAGUCAAAAGGCCCAAGACCAAGGAGGUGGUGGCGAACGAGUUCGUGGGUGUGAUGGACCAAACAGGCAUCUUCUACUGCCAUGCGUCCCAGGGAACUGAUCCUCUUAUAAACCUGGGUAAAGUGACACUCAUCAACAACUUUGCCAAAGCCCUGUUUGUCCCGGCCCACCUCACGGUGACAGCAAACAGAGGAGACACAGUUCACCUGGCCAUGCAGGUCCUGAGCUCCCAGAGAAGAGACGUCACCUGGAAAUACAACGGUAACUACUUCUACACGACCCACUGGGGUGAUGUGUCCAACAGUACGGCUGUACUAACAAUGGAGGAUGUGGCUAAAGCCAACGAGGGCAUCUACAGUGCCAGCUUCGUGGGAGACAGUCCCAUCAAUGGAGCCUGGAUGAGGCUGAUUGUCAGAGACUGUGGCAGUAAGAAGUGGGGUGCCGACUGUGACAAGGACUGUCCAGAGUGUCUCAAUGGAGGGGUGUGUCACCACCGGGACGGGGACUGCAUCUGCCCACCGGGGUUCAUGGGGAUGCGCUGCGAGACAGCCUGUAGAGAGGGAAUGUUUGGGCUUAAUUGCCAGGAGUCAUGCAGGCCAGAGAUGGACUGUAGAGGGCUGAGGUUCUGCCUGGCUGACCCUUACGGAUGCUCCUGUGCCAGUGGCUGGUCUGGGAACCACUGCAACAGACUCUGCCACAGGGACAUGUACGGGGCAGACUGCAGGCUGAGCUGUAAGUGUAAGAACGGUGGAGUGUGUAACCACUUCAGUGGAUGUCAGUGUCCCACUGGCUGGAGAGGACGGCACUGUGAGAAAUCAGACCGCGCCCCCCAGAUCUUGGACAUGGCCAGUAGUCUAGAGUGGAACCUUCACUCCAGCCCCAAGAUCCUGUGUUCCGCCACAGGCAACCCCCUGCCCAGCCACACCAGCAUUGAGCUGCGCAAACUGGACAGCACUGUGCUCAAGGCGUCUCGUACCACCAUGGACUCCAAUAAGAGCACAGCCCAGUUUGAUAUUCCCCGUCUGUCCACUGAGCAUGCUGGGUUAUGGGAGUGUAGGGUUUCCACCAAUGGGGGACAAGACUCAAGGAAGUUCAACCUCAUUGUCAAAGAGCCGCCGUGCCCCAGCACCCCUCCCAAGCUGCUGGAGAAGAGGAGUAAGCAGCUGGUGGUGAUGCCUGUGGAGUCCUACAGAGGAGACGGACCCAUCGACUCCACCAAGCUCCUCUACAAGCCCAUGGAGACAGGAGACUCCUGGUCCUCCAUCAUAGUGUACAGUAGAGAGCCUAUAACGCUGAUGAAUCUGAAGCCAUCUACACGCUACCACGUCCGUGUCCAGCUGACCCGCCCUGGGGAGGGAGGGGAGGGGACUCUGGGGCCUGAGGCCAUCAUGGAGACUGACUGUCCAGAGCCCACUCUUCGACCAGAGAUUGACUUCAGCUCGCUGGAGGGCCGCAACGCCACUGUGCGCUGGCUGUUGCAUGGCAACGCGGACAGGGCCAGCGGGUUCUUAGUGCAGCUCUUCGGGCCAUCUCCCUCAGGAGAGAAGCUGAGAGAGGAGACCACCCUGCUCAAUGUGCUCUCCACCAAGUUCUACAACCUGCAGUACCACCAAGACUACACAGUGGUCGUCAGGCUGCUCAACUGUGGCAGUCUGGGGCCCGCCUCUAAGCCGUACAACGUCCGCAUAAACAGCCAGGGUCCCUCAUCUCCUCGGAACGUCCAGGCCCUGCCCCUGUCUGUGUCUGCGGUGCAGGUGAAGUGGCAGCCCCCUGAGGACCCUAACGGGGGCAUAGUAAAGUACAUCAUAGAGUACCAGCCGGUGGGUCAGGGCAGCCUGCACCCCUGGGUCGACACAGACGAUGGCAACAAGACAGCUAAAGAUGUGACAGCGCUCAACGGGAGUACCCUCUACCAGUUCAGAGUGAGGGCCUUCUCUAAAGUACCUGGGGAGUGGAGCAAGUUUGUCCAUGCCAGGACCCAGGGAGAUGGUCCCCAGGACUUCACUCCUACCACCCAGGGUGUGGGGGGGCGUCCAGGCAGUGAGGGCUACCAUUUGUUGGUAGCUGUGGUGGGGUCUGUGACGGUCACCUGUGUCACCAUCCUGAUGGCCCUGCUGGCUCUCUUCUGCAUCCGCAAAACUCUGCUCAACCGCAGACGCACCUUCACUUACCAGUCUGGAUCGGGAGAGGAGACCAUCCUCCAGUUUAACUCUGGGACCCUGACCCUGACAAGGAGGCCGAAGCCUACCUCUGAGCCCCUCACCUACCCCAUCCUGGAGUGGGAUGACAUCAAGUUUGAAGAUGUGAUCGGAGAGGGCAACUUCGGCCAGGUCAUCAAGGCCAUGAUCAAGAAGGACGGGGCCAAGAUGAGCGCUGCUAUCAAGAUGCUAAAAGCAGAGUUUGCCUCAGAGAAUGACCACAGGGACUUUGCAGGAGAGCUGGAAGUGUUGUGUAAACUGGGCCAACAUCCCAACAUCAUCAACCUCAUAGGAGCCUGUGAGAAUAGGGGGUACCUGUACAUUGCUAUUGAGUACGCCCCAUAUGGAAACCUGCUUGACUUCUUGCGUAAGAGCCGAGUCCUAGAGACAGACCCUGCCUUCGCCAAGGAGCACGGCACGGCCUCCACCCUCACCUCACAACAACUGCUGCAGUUCGCUGUCGACGUGGCUACUGGCAUGCACUACCUUAGCGACAAACAGUUCAUCCACAGAGACCUGGCAGCGAGGAACGUUUUAGUGGGAGACAACCUAGUGGCCAAGAUAGCAGACUUCGGUCUGUCCCGAGGGGAGGAGGUUUACGUCAAAAAGACCAUGGGGAGGUUGCCAGUGCGUUGGAUGGCGAUAGAGUCCCUAAACUACAGUGUGUACACCACCAAGAGUGACGUGUGGUCUUUCGGUGUACUUCUAUGGGAGAUAGUGAGUUUAGGUGGUACUCCCUACUGUGGGAUGACCUGUGCUGAGCUCUAUGAGAAACUCCCUCAGAGCUACAGGAUGGAGCAGCCCAGGAACUGUGACGACGAAGUGUAUGAGUUAAUGAGGCAGUGCUGGAGAGACCGGCCGCAUGAGAGACCUCCUUUCUCUCAGAUCUCUGUACAGCUCAACAGGAUGCAGGAGGCCAGGAAGGCCUACGUGAACAUGGCGCUCUUCGAGAACUUCACCUACGCCGGGAUAGACGCCACGGCCGAGGAGGCCUGACUACCAGCCCCCACAGCCCCCAGCAGGUCACGUAGCCCACGGGAGAGGCCCCGAGGCUCAGCCCUGCGUUACUGCCGCCCCCCUGCUGCAGCCCAACGUGGGGACCGAUGGAGUAGCAGACAAUCCACCUGUACCACAAGGGUAUAGAGGGAGGACUGUGAAAGGACACUGUGGAGGUCUUAUGGGGGCUGGGAAGGGAGAUGUGGAACUGGACACUGCAGUCCUUUCUGAAGGAAAAUACAGAAGAAUAAGGGGCUGCAUGACGUGCUUAACAACCCUGCCAGGUAGGUUGGCGGGUGGGGCUGAAGGUUGCCUUUGGGCGUGUUUGGGAGAUGUGACACUAGACUUGGGACACGUUGCGGUCCUUGUUUGAAGGAUGGACAAGGAAGAUGCUCGAAGGAUGGACAAGGAAGAUGCUCCAUGACAUGAUACUACACUGCCGGAGUCACAUGCUAUUACACUGCCAGAGCCUGAUGGGUGCUCGAUGAACUUUCAGCCCUUCAUCCAAACGGAGAGAGGACUUUUUUUGCGGACAUAUGCUCACACGUGUAGUUAGCUGUCCAUUCUGAGAUGGAUUGAGAUGGAUCCGACUGGGGGGGAAAAACUAUGUAGCACGUGUCUGUUCACUUAUUUCUUGUUUUGUUGUAGGGGAGAGUGGGGUAAGUUGAGCAAUUUUUUACAUUCAUCAUCACUCCGUUAAGGGAAAUAUAGUAUCUUUCCAUCAACGAUAUUUACAUAUAUUUCAGGAUGUUGUGUAUCCCUGGAAAUAAUAAAUAUGCAUGUAAACAUUAGUUUUGAAAACAUAGCAUGACAAAAAAAGUGGUCUCUUGGUGCCAUUUACCUCUGUACUGAAUUGACUAUUACCACUACGUUUAAAAAAAAUCAUCGUAAGCAUAUUUUAACACAGGCUUAACACCUAACAAACACUUUUGACACUUUUAACAUAGGCCCUGUUGUUACCUCAUAUCCCAGUGAUAAUGCCAUGCAUUAUGCCUGGAAAGAAAACACUUGAAUUUGCUCAACUUGCCAUUGGCUCAACUUAACCCAAGGCAAACAUUUUGACUAUAUUAGCCCACACAGCUACAAGGAUGCACUUUCAUGCUAGGUUUAGGCCCUCAUAUUGACGCUCCCGUAGGGUGGUGCACAAUUGGCCCAGUGUCGUCGGGGUUAGGGUUUGGCCGGGGUAGGCCGUCAUUGUAAAUAAGAAUUUGUUCUUAACUGGCUUACCUAGUUUAAAUAAGGGUUCAAUAAAAUGUUUUUAAAAAUCUAGAAACCCCAACUGAUGCAUAGAACAAUCUUAAAAUGAUCUACUUUGGUUUAGAUAAAAGCAUCAUGAAAUCUCUAACACAAUAAAUGUAUUUGACUUGGUGAAAAUCCGUUUUUUGGACCUAACUUGCUUAUCAUUUUUUCCCCAUGUGGUUUCUUCCUUCACAGACUCCAUGAAAUGAUGACCUCUUCCUAAAUAUUAGGUCAAAUUAUGAAUGUUGUGUAUUGUUUCCUAGAAACAAGGGUGGCUCAGCUUACCCCUUUGGCUCAACUUACCCCACUCUCCCCUAUAUCAUUUGCAUUACAUAAGAAUGUACCUACUGUACUGUAUUUGUUCCUUAACGUGUCCUUAUAGAAUAUAUCAUCCUCUCGUAAAAGUGUAGUAUAAAUCUUAUAUACAGACCAUUUGUUUACCUUUGUGAUAUACUGUAUGCUACCUGUAUCCCUUUGGAUGGUGUAUCUACUGUAUCUACUACUCUGUGAGAAAGUUUUGUUUUCAGUUUUCUUAAAUAAAACCUCUCAGUGGUGACUGA